AUGCAGGGGCAGAAUGAAUAUCUUCGGCAAUGGAAGCACAAGUUCAAGGACUACAUCAAUUUACUAAUGGUCAGAGAAGCCCCUCCCCCAGACCGGCUUUGUUCAGUCUGCAAGAAGGAUGGGACUGCUGCAGAACCCAGCAUCAAAGACAUCCAUUCCAUCGCAUCAGUCAAUGGACCGGAUCAUUUUUUCAAGAAACAUCACUCAUUAAAGUUGGCCUGCACAUUCACCUUGCUCAUGAUGGGAGCUUCUAUUCCACUUGUCACCGACUCAGAUCAUCUGGCUAUCACCAUAGUAGACAAAUCCGGUGUUCACUCUCUAUCCAUCUCAUAUUGCCAGUGCCCCGGUGCUCUCUCCUGGGAUAUGCAGCUCUUUCAAGCAGGCUUGUUUCCAGCAUCAUUCACCAGACCAAAAACUGCAUUCACAUUCUCUGUCUUGGACGACUUUCUGCUAGACAACCUCGAAUGUGGUACAUCAGCCAUGAAUUACUACAGUAAGAUCCGGAGGCUGACCUCGAGCAUAUUUCCAUUGAUGGUUCCGGAUCGCUACAGAGAACUUAUGAGAACUGCCAGGAAGUGGCACCAAUGCAAGCUUUACAAGUGGCAUGGGUUUGCUCACAAAGAUGAUGAGCCAAAGGCCGGUGAUCUCACCCUAUUUUGCCCUGCAUGUCCACAACCAGGGAUAAACUUGGACCUGUCGACCGGUACAUCCACCCGGCCGGACAACACACCUUCAUGGCUCUUCACCAGGACUUUAGUCAUGGAUGGUAAUUUCAAAGCCGAGCACCUCCAUCCAGGUAAUCCAUCUGAUGAAGUAUCAUUGAUGGAUGGUCUUGCAUUCAUGGUUGGAGAUGAAAGAUACAAGAGUCAGAUUGCAACAAACCAUGGUCCAAGGUUGUGGCAUGUACACGGUCAUCAGGACAGCUGUUAUGUCCGGAUUGAUGGAGAGAUCAUGGAAACACUCUGGGCAUCUUUGAACAUAAUCUCUCCAUCGGCUAGGGGCAUGGGGACUCCAAUCACAAAGAGGUAUUGGAUUAUCAAAUGA